UGGCAACCCUAUACAAAGAAUAAAAUGGCUUGGGUAUUGAAGAUGGAUGAAGUUAUAGAGUCUGGGCUUGUGCAUGAUUUUGAUUCAAGCCUUUCUGGGAUCGGUCAGGAGUUGGGAGCAGGAGCCUACAGCAUGAGUGACGUGUUGGCGCUUCCUAUUUUCAAACAAGAAGAUGCAAGCCUUCCACCUGACACUGAGACGAAGCAUCCUCCAUUUCAGUAUAUCUUGUGCACUGCAACAUCUCCAGCAAUUAAACUGCAUGAUGAAACGCUCACAUAUUUAAACCAAGGUCAGUCUUAUGAAAUCCGAAUGCUUGAUAACAGUAAAAUUGGGGAUUUUCCUGAAAUUAGUGGUAAAUUGGUAAAGAGUAUUAUAAGAGUCGUGUUUCAUGACCGGAGACUACAGUAUAUGGAGCAUCAGCAGUUGGAAGGUUGGAGGUGGAAUCGUCCUGGGGACCGCCUACUUGACUUGGAUAUACCUUUGUCUGUUGGAAUAAUUGACCCGAGGACAAAUCCAGGACAGUUAAAUGCUGUUGAGUUUUUAUGGGAUCCAUCCAAACGCUCUUCUGCAUUCAUUCAGGUGCAUUGUAUCAGUACAGAAUUCACUCCUCGUAAACAUGGAGGAGAAAAGGGUGUUCCAUUCAGAAUUCAGAUCGACACUUUUAAACAAAACGAAAAUGGAGAUUACACUGAUCACUUACAUUCAGCAAGCUGCCAAAUCAAAGUUUUCAAGCCAAAAGGAGCUGACCGUAAACAGAAGACAGACAGAGAGAAGAUGGAGAAAAGAACAGGCCAAGAAAGAGAGAAAUAUCAACCUUCCUACGAUACAACAAUUCUAACUGAGAUGAGGCUUGACCCUAUUAUUGAAGAUGCAGUUGAACAUGAGCAGAAAAAGUCCAGCAAGCGGACUUUGCCAGCAGACUGCGGUGAUUCUCUGGCAAAGCGAGGCAGUUGUUCGCCUUGGCCAGAUACAGCGUAUGUAAAUACAAGUCCUACCACAACUCCUACAUUUACUUCAUCUACUCAACACAGUACCUACAGCGUCCCAGACAGCAAUUCUUCUUCUCCAAAUCAUCAAGGUGAAGCAAUUCCACAAGGGACUUCAGACCAUCUUCACCCGUCAGCUAGUAUACAAGAUACGCAACAGUGGCUGGUGAAGAACAGGUUCUCCACAUACACAAGACUUUUUUCUAACUUCUCAGGGGCUGAUUUAUUAAAAUUGACAAGGGAGGAUCUUGUUCAGAUUUGCGGUCCAGCUGAUGGCAUUCGUUUAUUCAAUGCUCUGAAAUCACGGGCUGUCCGACCCCGUUUAACAAUUUAUGUUUGUCAAGAUAUACCAAGUGCUCAUCUGGGAAGGCCAACAGAAGGAGACAAAAGGGAAAAUGGCAACGGUCAUUUACAAAUUUACCAUGCUAUAUAUUUGGAAGAAAGUACUGCGUCAGAAAUAACAAGAAAAAUGGCUGCCGUGUUUAAUAUUCCUUUACAUCAGAUAUCCAGUGUAUACCGACAGGGCCCUACAGGCAUACACAUUGCGCUUAGUGAUCAGAUGGUUCAAAACUUUCAGGAUGAGAGCUGUUUCAUGAUUGCAACAAUAAAAGCUGGAAAUGAAGAUGGUUUGCACAUAAUUAUGAAAUAAACUUAACAGUGAUACAAACAACUGUGGAAAGUCUUCUACAGGAGUGAUGGCUUGAACGAUCAUCUACUGAAGUUAGAAUCUGACUUCAUGGAGAACUACAUUGUUUCAUAUUGAAAACAUAAGACAGCCUUCCUUCUUUAACUGUACAGAUAGAAAAUCCCUUGUAAGUACAUCUAGUAAAAGGUUUGAUUCCCACAGGAGAUGGAAGGCAAAGGGGUGAAAAAACAGUGGCCAGUAGAACAUUUGUGUUAUUUAAGUACAUUUCAGCUUGCCUGCUGUUUUGAUUUGACAUUUUUAUAGUCUUGAUUGGGUAGGGGGUAUGUUUUAUAAAACAUGUAUUACAGGUCAACAGCUCAGAUAUACUAAUAUAGUGUUAAUGCAGCUGGAUUGACAGAAUCUGUUUUUUUCCACAGAAAGCUUACUUUGUAUGUGUUGUCUCCACUGUUGUACUUUUAAGUAAACUUACCACUGUUCAUAUGACAUGGGACAUUAUUUGUGUUUCAACCAUAGUACAUUGUAUUGUGUAGUUUCCUUAUCUUCUCAACUGAAGACUCAAAAUGUGUGUGUUG